GCGGGGCCGGAGGCGGCUCUGUGGGCGGGGCCAGCGGGGCAGCGCCAUGGCUCCGGCGCUGGGUCUGGGGGCGCUGCUGGGGGUCCUGGGGCUCCUGAGGACCCCGGCGGGGGCGGCGGAGGUUCUCCACUCCCUGCGUUACCUGCGAGUGGUGGUGUCGGAGCCCGGCCCGGGGCUCCCCCGAUAUGUGGCCGUGGCGUUUGUGGAUGGGAUCCCCAUCAGCCGCUACGACAGCGAGCGGGGCCGGGUGGAGCCACGGACUCUGUGGAUGGCGGCUGGAGCUGAGCCGGGAUAUUGGGAUACGGAGACCUGGAUCAACCAGAUGUACCAGCACAAGGACCCCGCCCACCUGGAGAUGCUGCAGAUCCGGUACAACCAGAGUGGGGGUCUCCACACAUUGCAGCGGGAUUCCGGCUGUGAGCUCCUGUCCGACGGGAGCGUCCGUGGAUCCCAUCGGGAAGGCUACGACGGACGGGAUUUCCUUUCCUUUGAGUUGGGAUCCAGGAGAUUUGUGGCAGCCGAUGGCGCUGCCCAGAUCACCAAGAGGCUCUGGGAAUCUGAUGAGAUGAAGAUGGAGAGGUUGACAAAUUACCUGGAGCACAUCUGCCUGGAAGUGCUUCAGAAACACGUCCGGUAUGGGCAGGAGGCGCUGGAGCAAAAAGAGCCCCCUGACGUACAUGUGUCUGGGAAGGAGGAACACGGGAUCCUGACGUUGUCCUGCCACGCGUACGGAUUCUACCCCGGGAUCAUCGGGAUCAACUGGCUGAAGGGGGAUGAAAUCCGGGAUCAGGAGACAGAGUGGGGCGGGAUCGUUCCCAACAGCGACGGCACCUUCCACAGCUGGGCCAGGAUCGAGGCGCUGCCGGGGGAGCGGGAGCAGUACCGGUGCCGGGUGGAGCACGCCGGAAUGCCGGAGCCCGGGAUCUUUGCCUGGGAGCCGGAAUCCAGAUGGAAUUCCACCCCGGUGCUGGUCUCUGCAUCCGUCAUCGCUGCCAUCGUCAUCAUUGGCCUCAUCGGAGUCUGUGUCUGGAAGCUCCGAUCUGGGAGGAGGGAAGAGGAAGGGGUAUGAUGCGGCCAACAGAACAGACAUGGGAACUGACUGCUGCCCCCCAGCUGGAUCCAUCCUGUGGGAUGGGCACAGGGGCAUGGUGACUCUGUGCCUCGCUCUCAUCCUGGCAGGAAUCGCCCCCUGAGCGAUCCUCGGUUACGAUUCCAGAGGUGCCAAAAAUAAAAGCCAUCCCUGGUGUCACUCCGGUUCUCCAGGGCUGUUUCUCUUUCAUCCCCUCCAAGGGAUCCCUCAGGAAAAGAACCUGUUGCAGUGGCUCCACGUGUCGUGACAUGGGCUCUGACAGCGUGGAGAACUGGGGGACACGGAGGUUGGGGGGUCUGGCAGGACACUCUGCCCAAAUAAAGCCUAAAAUCCAGUCAGAGAACCCAAACAACCCAAGCUGUCUGUGCUGAGCUCCCACUGGUGCCAAGGGGCUGCUUUUAGUGUUGGGUUGUGCUAAAACCAGCCUGGUUCGCCCACUGCAAACACACCCCGGGCUUUUGGAAGCAGGAUUUGACUGAUAAGCUGCUGGCUGGCCUGCAGAAAUGGGACUGGCAAUCAAACUCUUUAUAACUAUAAAAGCCCAGCCCAACUUUCACGUGGCAGAUUCUUCCACAGACUUUCCUGGAGUGUGCAGAGCUUGUCCCAUGGAGCAGGGAGGCCUCUUCAUGGUUACUCAGGGGUUAAAUUGCACACGGAGUUACAUCAAUCCCCACUAAUGUUUGUUUCUUUUUGCCAGUUUUGAUACAAUUUGGUACAAUUGCUUUGCUAGAAUUGCUUUGAUACAGGGCACUAUUUUAUGCUGUAUUAUACUCUACUGGUAGGUUUGUAGCAUUUAUACUGUGUAGUAAAUUAUUCUGGUUAAGAUCUUUCCUCUGUACACUUGUCUGUUCAUUUGUCUGUUCAUUUGUCAUAAAUAAUAAAUAACUUUAUAUAAAUA